AGACCACAGAACUAAACAAGCCCAAUGGAAACGAUAUCCCCAGAAGAAACAUCGAAUCAGAGCCAGAAGCCGAAGAGCUAAACAAAAAUGGCUUCUCUCCUUCUCGGAACAGCGUCUUCCUCUAUCUGGGCUUCUCCACCUCUCUCUCCUCCUUCCUCGCCGCCUUCCAUUUCACCCGUCUGCUUCAGACCUGGGCAUAGCCAUGGAAGAAGAAAGCUUUAUGGAGGUGUGGCAGUGAAGCCAAAGAAGGGCAGGUCUCGUUUCCAUGUCUCGGUUAUGAAUGUGGCCACAGAUAUCAACUCUGUUGAACAAGCAAAGAAGCUUGAUGAUGCAAAGGGAAGCGCCAGGCCGGUCUAUCCAUUUGCUGCAAUUGUUGGGCAAGACGAGAUGAAACUAUGCCUUUUGUUAAACGUGAUCGAUCCCAAGAUCGGUGGUGUCAUGAUCAUGGGAGAUAGAGGAACUGGAAAAUCUACGACUGUCAGAUCGUUAGUCGAUCUGUUACCCGAGAUCAAGGUAGUUGCCGGUGACCCGUACAACUCAGACCCGGUUGAUCCCGAGUUCAUGGGCGUUGAAGUAAGAGAAAAAGUCACGAAAGGAGAACAGCUCCUCGUGGUUUCCACAAAGAUCAACAUGGUCGAUCUUCCGUUGGGUGCUACGGAAGAUAGAGUUUGUGGAACAAUCGACAUUGAGAAAGCCUUAACAGAGGGUGUCAAGGCUUUUGAACCUGGCCUUCUUGCUAAAGCCAACAGAGGAAUUCUCUAUGUCGAUGAAGUUAACCUCUUGGAUGAUCAUCUUGUUGAUGUUCUUCUGGAUUCCGCUGCAUCGGGUUGGAACACAGUCGAAAGAGAAGGAAUCUCGAUCUCUCAUCCCGCCCGGUUUAUCCUCAUUGGUUCAGGAAACCCGGAAGAAGGAGAGCUCAGGCCACAGCUUCUGGACCGGUUUGGCAUGCACGCUCAAGUAGGGACGGUUAGAGAUGCUGAGCUACGAGUCAAGAUUGUGGAAGAGAGAGCUCGGUUCGACAGUAACCCUAAGGAGUUCCGAGAAUCUUACAGAACUGAACAAGAGAAGCUUCAGGACCAGAUCACUUCUGCGAGAAACAACCUCUCCUCUGUCCGGAUCGAUCAGGACUUGAAGGUGAAGAUCUCAAAAGUUUGUGCAGAGCUUAACGUUGACGGGUUGAGAGGAGACAUAGUGACGAACAGAGCGGCCAAAGCACUUGCCUCUCUGAAGGGAAGAGAUGAAGUGACAGCUGAAGACAUUGGUACUGUCAUCCCCAACUGUUUAAGGCACCGUCUGAGGAAAGAUCCAUUGGAAUCAAUCGAUUCAGGAGUGCUCGUGACUGAGAAAUUCUACGAGGUUUUCAGCUGAAAAACAAGAUUUUUUGUAACUCGGUAACUCGUGUUUUUGCUGCUUCAUAUAUCAUAUUGUCCUAAAUGCAAGAAAUUCUUCCUGUUAUACACGCCAUGUUUCUCCUA